AUGUCGAGAAUUAAGAUACCGGGUAAAAUGUUUCGAGGUGGGUUAGUGACCACCAAUAAGCAAUGGAAAUAUAAAAUGCUUGGAGAAAACGGCGAGUGGGAAAAAGCAACCAUGAACGCGGUUCAGGAACGCAGGGUUUGCGAGAAGUCCGGUAUUUCGAACGGAUGUCGAGAUGACAUGGUACUUCUGACACUGUAGCUGCUACAGUCUUCAUCGUACUCGUGACGAACAGGGGUAGCUGGUGGGCAAAAAAGGCACAAGUAAUCGUUAAGGUUAGGGUUGCAAAGAAUUACUAGUAAUUGAUCCCUGUUCGUCACCAGUACGGUGAAGACUGUAUGUGAUAUUAAGGGAAUAUCAUACCGUAGCUGAAAUGCUGCCGAGGCACAAAAUUCUCAGAUGGGUCGACGAUAGGUAGUGAAGCAAUAUGUGCUUCAUUGCUAUAUAAAAACUGGAUAUUGCGACCGAGCGGCGCCUGAAUUUGCCGACUAGUAGUUCCUCCUGGGAAACACCUAGAGCUAUGUGUUAAGUUACCGCGCAUUGCAUCAAGGAGCGCACUCCAAAACCCAUUACUGGGAGCUAGAAUACUAACAGAUCUUUCUAGAAGAAAAUGGUAUUGGUCCCAAGACAUGAAGAAUGCCGCAUACCGUAUGUCAUCUCAAGAAAGUUGUCGAACUGCGCGCUCGAUCGACCUGGCAUCCUACAAACCACCAGCAACUCGAAAUCUGCUUCUUGAGACGAAGCGCAAAUACCACAAACAUCUCGGGUGCUUCGACGCCCACCCCUCAGUGAUUAUCAGCAGGUGACCGACCCCCGGAUAUAAGGCAGCAGCCCCCCAGAUCACCGGUGCCUUCUCACACGCGAUUGUGUGGGGGAGCACAAGGACCAACCCCGCAAUCAACUUUACUAGAUACCAUCGACUAGCCCACCGUUCUAUUCACCACAAUCCCACCAAAAGAAACCGGUUCGGUAUGAGCCUCCAAAACUGAGGAUCACACUCAAUCACUCGAAGAGCAUUGAGCAAUGAGCAUCCCACUUAGUGCCACCCCGGAA